CCGUGUAGGCUUUUUGGGUAAUGUCAGGCGUCCUGGGCAGGCUUUCAGCCUUUUUGCAGGCCGCCUGUGGCUGACAAUAAAUGCUCAGUCUUGCCUGACACCAGAUACGCAUCUUCAACGGCUCCCUGCCCUUCUGUGUUGCUCAGUUGCUUUAUGUCAGGCGCCCUUAUCUAUUCCUCGGGUUCGCAGUCGAUCAUGGACCGCCCGCUGACCCAGUCUUUCGAUCGGGGCCGGCCUCCUUAUUGGGCCUUAAAGUCCGACUCGCCUCUUUUGGGCCCGAGGCCCAAGUACGCUCAACUAUGCGGCUCAACAAUUAGUAAACGAACUAGUUCACGACCCGACUCACUUGAUAACAAGUCAUGCCAUUGCCAAACAAGUCUACUCACAUCAAAUGGCAGCUCUAGCUAGGUACACAUUACGCUUCCAAGGAUAAACCAAAAAGAAAGGCUAAACAAUUAAAGCAGAAAGGUGAAAGAAGGAGAAAAUAAAGGAAUCUGCUGAACCCUUCAUGUCCAAUCCAAGAGCACAGUUAUCGUUAGGUCAGCAGGAGGAUUGAAGAGACCAGAAAAAGCCACACAUCUUACAUCUACACACUAUACUCCUCCCAAAUUGGCUUUCCUUUCUUCCAACAGGACAGGACAUGGACCUGCAACCCUACUACGUGGGCAUAUUUCGUUAACAACUAGUCGAUUCUAAUAACUCGAGAUGUUGAGAGAUGCUCGAUUAUGGAUCCUAUAUCAAGGUUGCAUAGAUCCAGAUAUCAUGUGUUUAAUAAGAGGAAUUCGAACAAAAGAUCUCUUGAUCACAAAAGACUCAUAUAACAUGUCAAGAACUAAUUGGGUCCCAAUAACUCGAGUUAUUGGGAGAAUUUCGAUUAUGAAUCAUUAUACCGUUACUACAUGCAUGGCUAGGCUACCAAUCAUUCAGUAAACCGUUUUCCUAGCUCUAACUACACUAUUAAUUGAGUGUUCUUGACUGAUUAGAAUUUAGAACCAAGUGAAUCCAAUCCAUCCUACAACACACAAAACCACUGCCUGCUCUGUUCUGCUCUGCUCUGCUUUUAACAAUUUUGGCCAUCAAACAUUUACCAGACAAACCGCUCACUGGCUGGCCCCUCCACCACUGCUCUCUGUAGGCUCUAAUUACCACUUUCGGCUGUAAUUAACACCUUUUCCUUCUUUUCUUUCCCAUUAACGUAGUUAUCCUUUUAAGGUGCUAAUUGAAAGGUCAACAAUGAUUACGAUAAUGCCUAGCUAGCCUAUAUUGUGAUUAGCUAGCUAGUUAGGGCCUUGGAUCUGCAUUAGAUUAGAUGCUUUGGGUUUAUUCAUAAUAUGGCUAAUCAUGUUUGUAAAGAAGACGACAUUAAUUUUUACUCUGCGGGAAAGGUACAGAGAAGAAGUAAACAAAGAUGCUACACUACUUUAUUAGACCGUGCAUGAAGGUCUAUGCCACUUCAUCUGAUAACGCGUUGCCAGAUGGAGUGGUACGCUACCAAAAAGGGUUGUGAAAUUGACAACCUAAUAGAGAUUGUUACCGGAUUUCGUUCUCAUAAUAAUCAUAAUAAAGUAUACACCUUUUUAGUCUUUGAAUGAGUGUUCCUUUAGAAUUUUUUUUUAUGAUUGAUAUUAUUGUGUAGUAAAUAAUAUGGUCAUUUAAAGGUUCUAUUGUUUUUAAAUGUAUUUUUCUUAACUCAUUUUAUUUAUGUUUUCUUCCGACCAUUAUGUUUAAUUUUAUGAGAUGUAUACUGGCAGCAAAAAUCUAGAGUCCACUGGUUGAAAAAGGGUGACAAUGUUAUGAAUAUGGGGGAGCGUGUUGCUGCUCUGCCUAUCGCCCGUAGUGUUACUCAAGAGAUGAAUGCGGGCCUGACGGCUGCUGUCCUCCCGGACGAGGUGCGCAAAACUGUCUUCGCUAUGGGUGCUAAGCAAGCCCCCGGGUCAGAUGGGUUCACGGGCAAAUUCUUUAAGGCCUUUUGGGGUAUUGUGGGGGACUCAGUGGUUGACGCAGUCUGCUCUUUCUUUACGUCGGGUAGGAUGCUCCGUAGCUUCAACCACACUUGGCUCACAUUGAUCCCUAAGGUGGAUAAUGUUGAAUCCAUAAGGCAGUUACGCCCAAUCAGUUUAUGCCAAUUUGUGUACAAAAUCAUAACUAAGAUCUUGGCUGAACGAUUGUCGGGGAUCUUACCUAACAUUGUGUCUUCGGGCCAGAACGCUUUCAUUCGGGAUCGCCAAAUUGUUGAGAACAUCCUCCUUGGACAUGAGUUAAUGCAUUACUUGAAAACCAAGAAGCAAGGUAAGAAGGGGUACAUGGCUCUUAAGGUUGACAUGGAAAAGGCCUAUGAUAGAGUCGAAUGGCCGUUUCUUCUUGCAGUUUUGGACAAGAUGGGUUUUAACACAGUGUGGCAGGGGUGGAUAUAUGAAUGUCUCCGGUCUUCAUCGUUCUCUGUGCUGAUGAAUGGUACUCCAUCUGGGUUCUUCAGACCAUCGCGAGGGUUGCGGCAAGGUGAUCCCUUAUCCCCUCUUCUUUUUGUGCUUUGCACUGAGGGGUUUGCGGCUCUCUUGCGUAAAGCAAUUGAGGAUAAGAAAUUGGAAGGGGUUAAGGUGGCACCGCGUGCUCCCCGAACCUCACAUUUAUUCUUUGCCGAUGAUUCUUAUCUGUUCCUGCGGGGCACGCUGCAGGAGUGUGAGAACUUGAUUACUGUACUUAAUGAAUAUGAGGAACUAAGUGGGCAGCGCGUUAAUUUGGCCAAAUCAGCGGUUUGUUUUAGUAAGAAUGUUGUUGUUCCCGAUCAGGAGUUCUUAGCUGCAAUUUUAGGUGUCGGAGCACUUGGGGUGCAGGAUAAGUAUCUGGGCCUUCCUACAUUGAUUGCUCGCUCUAAGAUGGAGACCUUUCGGUAUUUAGAGGAGAAGUUGUUGGAAAGACUCCAGGGGUGGAAACGGAGGACCUUGUCUUGGGCAGCAAAGGAGACUCUGAUUAAAUCUAUUGCCUUGGCAUUACCAUUGCAUGUGAUGUCCUGUUUCAAGAUGCCUCUCUCUUUGUGUCGCCUUCUAGAUAAACAUGUUGCUCGCUUUUGGUGGGGUGAUGAGGAGGGACAUUCGAGGAUCAGGUGGAUGGCCUGGCGGGAUAUGUGCAAGAGUAAGCAUGAGGGGGGUAUGGGUUUCCGUCGGUUUGAGCAGUUCAAUCAAGCCCUUUUAGCCAAAAUUGGCUGGCGAAUCUUAGCUGAACCCCAGUCUCUUCUAGCGCAAGUCUAUAAGGGCAAGUACUUCCCCUCUGGGCAUUUCCUUAAUGCUAAAGCUCGAUCGCGCCCUUCUUGGGGAUGGCAAAGCGUCUUGUAUGGUCGUGAUUUAUUGGAGAUGGGUCUCAGAUGGCAGAUUGGAAAUGGCCAUUCGGCGUCCCUUCUUCGUUCCCCCUGGAUUCCUCAACUACAGCUCGAUCCCCCGAGGUAUAACCCGGUGGUGCUACCAGAAGGGGGGGAUCCUACUGUAGCGGAGGUAAUCUGUCAAGGGGAAGGCCGGUGGUGUGAUCGUAAGCUCAACCAAUGGUUUGAUCCACCUACUUGUCGUAUUAUAAAAACUAUUCCCCUUCCUAGGCAAAAUAUUGAAGAUAAACUGAUUUGGCAUUUUACGUCUGAUGGGGUGUUCUCGGUUAAGUCAGCCUACCAUCUGGCUGUCUCCCUUGAUAGGAGGAGGGGGAGUUGGAGGGCGUCGGCGAGUUGGAUGGAUAGAUCCAGUUGGAUCCGGUUGUGGGAUGCGAAUAUUCCCCCUAAGCUGAAGGUCUUUGUUUGGCAAAUUCUGAAUCGUAUUCUCCCGACCACGGAGGCUCUAUUUGAGCGAAAGGUGCCUAUCCUCCCUCGUUGUCCGGUCUGUUGGGAUGGCCCGGAGACCAUGGAGCAUCUAUUUCUGGAUUGUCCGGUGGCGCGGGCGCUUUGGGGCCUUUCAGGGCUGGAGUACUUAGGGGAGGGGCUUCCUCGUCACACUUUCCCGUUGUUCCUCAAACGUUUGAUGGCCUUAAUCCAGCAGCCGCCGCUCUUCAUGGCGGUCGUGGCUGUCCUUUGGCGUAUCUGGCGGUCAAGAAAUUGGGUGGUGUUUGAGGGCAAGCAAUUUGGAUUCCCCGCUUUAAUGAGGCAGUUUUCCCAGCAGUAUGAGGAAUGGAUGGGGCUGCCGAUAGAGGUGCCCUCCAUGCCUCCUCCUCCGACGGUUCCACGGUCAGAUGGACCAGGGCAGGCUGCUGGGUUUAUUUGCCAGUGGGAUGGGGCUACCCGCAAGGGAUCGCAUUCAGCAGGUGGCAUGGUUCUUCGGUCCCCCGCCGGGGAGGUUCUUAUGGCUCAUGGGAUUCAGAUUCCGGGGAUUGAUGACCCAGUGGUGGUGGAGUUGUUAGUGCUCCGUGAGGCGAUUGCGUGGUGCUUGGGCCAGGGUGUCUCGGGGAUACGCUUUGAAGGAGAUGCUAAGAUCAUCAUUGACAAAAUCAAUUGCAGGGAUGCGAGGGAUAGUCGACUGGGUGCUGUUCUAGAAGAAGUCUUACAUUUUUUUGUGAUUAGCCCAGGGUUUAGUGUGCGGUUUAUAGGUCGGAGUAGAAAUCGGGUGGCCCAUUUGGUGGCAAGAAAAGCCCUCUCCUUGUACCCGACCAUGAGUCGUUUCUUUGAUUUUCGGACCUGGCUGGGGUCCAGGGUGUAACUAUCUUUGUUUUGGUAUCAAUAUAUGAUUAUCUCUUGUAAAAAAAAAAAAGUGUUUACCAAUAUUAUUUCCAUAAUUUGAACAUUAGAGUAUUUCUUAUGUGUACCAAAACCUUCCAUAUGGAUUCCAAACAAACAAAAAAAAAACGAGUCGAUGAGAAACAACAAAUAGUUAAUAUCCUCAUCUCAUCGUUUUUAUAAAUUCCUUGAUAAUUUGGCUAGAUAGCUAUGAUCAUGAUAUUCAUAUUAUUAUAAGAAAGAAGAUUACAAUAAUUUGAGAUUAUUAAUAGAAACUAUCUUGAAUU